AAUUUUCAUUUGCUGCAUUGUUUGUUGUUUAUUUUCAUCAUGGUCUGUGAUUUUCAUUUAUAUUUCUCGCAUUUCCCGUUCGUUUUCUUAGGAAACUGACGUGUUUUAUUAAUUCAAUUAGCAGAUAAUAUUGUCCUUUACAUUCUACGCUCUAAUGUUACUUUGUAACUAAUGUCGUAAAGCAAAGGUUUUAUUUUACCUUAGUGCAAAUUGCCUGCAGAUCUUCUAGGAAAAAUUAAUUAAAAGACUAGCAGGAAACCAAGAUGCUCGGUGGCAGCGUGCUGUGGUUCCGUCACGGGUUGCGACUGCACGACAACCCGUCUCUCAACACCGCUCUAGAGGACAAGAGCGUCCCCUUCUUCCCCGUCUUUAUAUUCGAUGGAGAAACUGCUGGUACCAAAGUGGUAGGUUACAACCGCAUGCGCUACCUACUGGAAGCUCUGCAAGACCUGGACAACCAGUUCAAGAAGUACGGCGGCAGACUGCACAUGAUCAAGGGCAAGCCUGAGGCUGUGUUCAGACGCCUGUGGGAGGAGUUUGGGAUCCGUAAGAUUUGCUUCGAGCAGGAUUGCGAACCGAUAUGGCGCGCUAGAGACGAGUGCGUCAAGAGCCUCUGUCGUGAGAUAGGUGUGGGGUGUCGUGAGAAUGUUUCCCACACGCUUUGGGACCCUGACGUCAUCAUACGCGCCAAUGGGGGCAUCCCACCCCUUACCUAUCAGAUGUUUUUGCAUACCGUAGCCAUCAUCGGCAAUCCGCCGCGACCUGUAGAUGACGUGGAUUUAAGAGGAGUCAACUUUGUGGCCCUUCCCGACAGCUUCUACCAGGAGUUUACCAUAUUUGACAAGGCUCCAAAACCAGAAGACUUGGGAAUAUUUUUGGAACAUGAGGAUAUCCGCAUGAUACGCUGGGUGGGCGGAGAAACUGCUGCCUUGGUCCAGAUGCAGAACCGCCUCGCUGUGGAGUAUGAGACGUUUUGCAAGGGCUCGUAUCUGCCAACGCAUGGGAACCCGGAUCUCUUGAGCCGGCCGAUAUCUUUGAGCCCUGCGCUUCGUUUCGGCUGCUUGUCUGUGCGCCGGUUCUACUGGUGCCUUCAAGAUCUGUUCCAACAGGUCCAUCAGGGGCGUCUGGGCUCCAGUCAAUUUAUUACUGGCCAGCUGAUCUGGCGCGAGUACUUCUACACGAUGAGCGUGAACAACCCGCAGUACGCGCAGAUGGCGGGCAACCCCAUCUGCCUCGACAUUCCGUGGAAGGAGCCAGAGGGCGAUGAGUUGGAAAGAUGGAAGGAAGGUCGUACGGGGUUCCCGUUCGUAGACGCGGCGAUGCGUCAACUGCGCACAGAGGGCUGGCUGCACCACGCCGUGCGUAACACCGUUGCGUCGUUCCUCACGCGCGGUACGCUGUGGUUGUCCUGGGAACACGGGUUGCAACACUUCCUCAAAUACUUACUUGAUGCUGAUUGGUCAGUCUGCGCCGGCAACUGGAUGUGGGUGUCCUCCAGCGCGUUCGAGGCGCUGCUGGAUUCGGGCGAGUGCGCGUGUCCGGUGCGCCUCGGCCGCCGCCUGGAGCCCUCGGGCCACUACGUGCGCCGCUACGUGCCCGAGCUGGCCAAGAUGCCUGUCGAAUACAUCUACGAGCCAUGGCGCGCGCCGCUGGACGUGCAGCAGAAGGCGGAGUGCAUCAUCGGCCGCGACUACCCCGCGCCGGUGGUCGACCACCGCGCCGCCGCGCAUCGCAACCGCAGCGCCAUGCAGGAGUUACGUCGCGUGCUAGAGAAGGCGCCGCCCCACUGCUGUCCGUCGUCCGAGGACGAAGUCCGUCAGUUCAUGUGGCUCGGUGACGAGAACCAGAUAGUGGUCAACACUGACUCCUAAGCUUAUAAUGACCUUCCGUGACGCCUGCCGCAGACGACCGAGACCAGUACAUUGCUGUUUGUUCUGUUGUACGAAAUCUCUAAACCAAACAAAAUGACAGGUGUUCUAUCUAAGGAGAGAAGUUUGUAUAGGGCUCUCUCUUUUACAUGAUCCAUACAAAUGACGAAGACAAAAACUCAGUGGGCGUUAACCAUUUUGAGUGGCUAACCAAUCACACAUACCUACAGUAAGUACAUGUAUUUUGUAAGCUAUCUAUCAUUUGUGUUUUGUGGUGCAAUAAAGUAUAUAUACACAUACAUACAUGUUUUCAAAAAGAUUCGAAAUUUAAUUCACAAUUAUAGUUUCGUUUGUGA